UGAUGCACACUUAUGGGGAUCAGAUAAUUCGCCAAACUACUAAACCCAUUUUUUAUUCAAAGCCUCUGAGUGCUUGUGACGCUCUUGUCCUUUUGCCACGCUUAAGAUCACCCAAGAGAGAACCUAAGACACACAACACAACACACAGAGAGAGUUUGAGGAAGAAAUCAUCAUGGCUUCAGCAGCAUCUGGGUUUGUGCUGUCUCUUAAUGUUGCAGCUUCCACCACAAACUCAAGGGUGGUCUUGUUCAACACAAAGAACAACGCUUCUAGGCUUCUUGUGAGGGCUUCAGACGAGCCUGCAGCGGCGGCACCCGCAACCACCACCCCUCCAGCUGAAGCUGAAGCAAAGCCAAAACCACCACCUAUUGGCCCCAAGAGAGGUGCUAAGGUGAAGAUUCUUAGGAAGGAAUCCUACUGGUACAAAGGCACUGGUUCAGUGGUUGCUGUUGAUCAGGACCCCAACACUCGCUACCCUGUUGUGGUUCGAUUCAACAAAGUCAACUAUGCCAAUGUAUCAACAAACAACUAUGCUUUGGAUGAGAUCGUGGAAGUGGAAUGAGUCCAAUUUAUUUGUAAUUUUGAUUCUGGUCAUGCUAUCGCAGUUACUAGCCUAAGUUUUUUUCAUGCGACAAAAAAAAAAAAGAAUCUGUAUCAUAUUCUCUCUGAUAUCUAUCCCCUUGAUUUCUAUUCUCUAUGAACUACAUUCUUUCUCCAGUUGCUCA